AUGUUGAACAGAUCCCUCAAGCAUAAGUCCAUUCCCAGCACCGACCGCUUCGACGUGGCCGUGCUGCGACUGGACCGCGCCGCUCACAACCUGCCCCACAUCGUGCCCAUAUGCCUGCCACCCAAGGGCGACAACUUCCUGGGCGAGGUGGGUGUGGCUGCCGGGUGGGGCGCACUCAGCCCCGGCUCGAGGCUGCGGCCGCAGACGUUGCAGGCUGUGCAGGGAAUAUCCGUGACCAUCUACGAUGAGAUGAUGUGCGCGGGAUAUAAGAAUGGAGGCAGAGACAGCUGCCAAGGCGACUCUGGAGGACCUCUGAUGCUGCAGAGGACUGGCAGAUGGUUCCUCAUUGGAAUAGUUUCGGCAGGAUACUCUUGUGCGCAGCAAGGACAACCUGGGAUAUACCACAGGGUUGCGCAUACAGUGGAUUGGAUCACGAGAGCGAUAGGAUCUUGA